ACAAACAAACAUUUCAGUGUUCAGAGUAAACAUUUGAGUUGCGCGUAUUUGCGCUUUUAUCUGACACGACGCACACGCGGUGGUGGUAUCUCAGGGACAAGCUGUGGGACAAGCUGUACAACACGACAGACAUCUGUAACACGUAAUUAUGCAGAGGAACAGACAGCGACCUAAAAAAUGUCCAAUGACAGGAUAAACAUACUGGUAUUGUGCGCGCUUUCCUUGGCUUUAAUCGCGUACGCGGGGGAAACUUUUGAAAGUAAAGUUGCUCAGUUGCUUCGUGAUGAGAAAGAGAACAUUAAAUGCUUUACGGAGACGCUGAGGGACUUCACCUGUUUCUGGGAAGAGGAGAGGAAAAAUAGUUACAGUCAACAACCAUUCACCUUCAUUUAUCAAUACCAGAAUGAGAACAGCAGUGGGUGUGCUGUAUCUGAACUGCUUAUACAUGGGGCUAGUGGAAAAAAGCUGUUCCUCUGCAAUAUUCCCAAAACUCAAAAUUUCGUUUCCCUCAAGCUACGUGUGUUUCGGGGAGGUAGAGAACUUUACAACCGCACCCUCCUCAUUGACCAAUCUAUUCUACUGAAUCCUCCUUCUAACCUGACUGUGGUGAGCACAGGGAAACAAGGGGAACUGCUGGUGAGCUGGCUGCCUCCUGCCGUGAAGUACAUUGAUGACAGCUUAACGUACGAGAUCAGAUAUGUGGCAAAAGGGAUUCCUAUGAGGAAGGAAAUAGUGAAAAUCAGCACAAAACUUACGCUGCGUGGCCUUCAACCAAGCAGCAAAUACAAGGUGUUGGUCCGUGUCAAACCUGAUGGCAUCAGUUAUGAUGGUUACUGGAGUGCUUGGUCAGAGCCUGAGUUUGGGACUACACCCCCAAGUGACCCCCUAAUUGUGCUACUGGUUCUCAUCAUCUUUGCGAUCCUCUUCCUGCUGUCUCUCACUGUGCUUCUGUCCCAGCACAAAUUCCUGCUGAAGAAACUGUGGCCUGACAUCCCUUCUCCUGAGCACAAAUUCCCAGGCCUCUUCACAGUCUACAAAGGAGACUUCCAGAAAUGGCUUGGCUACAGUAGUGAAAGCAGUUGGCCAGUUCAUGUGUGCACAGAGGAGCUUCCUUCAUCUCUGGAGGUGCUGUCCGAAGUAAGUUUAGCACCACCACUGACAAGUCACGCAUCUUACCAGAUGCCAGAAUCAACCCCUAAAACAGCAGACAUCCUGAGAGAAGAACCACAGGCCACAGAAGAAGCAGACAAUCAAUUUGUGACACAGCACGUGCAUGCAGAUUUGACAGACGGAAGGCAAGAAUCUCCAAACAGCCACUGGUUGAUGGAGCAGCUGAGGACAUUUCAGAAGCAUCCGGAGGUCCUCUCGCAAUCACUACUUGAAUCACAAGAGACAUAUGUUACCCUUAACCAGAACUCCCAGCAUGCCCGGGGAGAAAUGCAAAGCGUUGAUAGCUUUGAGGAGUCAUCGCCCCUUCAGGUUCUCUUUGCUAGUAAAGAGUCCUCCUUGAUGGCUGCCUCAGAUUCUGAUAUCGGCUCCCUCCCACAAAGUUCCGGGUCGGGAAGACUUUCAUCACAGUCAAGUCUUGAAUAUUCAAACAACACAUGGCCUCCCAAAGGGCCAGGAUAUACCUACAUGGCUGUGGCAGACUCAGGAGUCUCCAUGGACUACAGUCCAAUGAGCUUCAGCAGAAUAACAGACAUGGGUAAUGGCACUACCUAUGCCAAUGAGUACAAAAAUUAUAUUCCUGGAGACAAGCAACCUCAUAGUGGUCAAUCCAUCCAAUACGGAUAUUGAUAAAAAAAUCUUUGGGGAAAAUAAAACAAAAAACAAUUUCAAAACCAAUAUCAUGCUUUUGGGAGUCAUGCAAAACAUUGGAGUUCGAACCAGGAUGAAUAAACUGCUUCCUUCUCAAACUUUCAGAAUGACAGAGCAAUGAUUGUGGAAUGUAAAAAUCUCAGAGACAGACCUGGAUUAAUAAUAAAUAAGCUACCAUUGUCUUUCAUACUACAUUUUUUUUUGUUAGAUCCGGCAGCUGUUGACGUUUAAAAUAUUUUUUGUGCAGAACCCCAAAUACUGCCUUUAGCCUUUAAAAAAUAUUUGUUGUAAAUAUUGUGUCCAUCCACUUUGUGUCUGUUGGUUACCCAUACAAUUGUAAGGGUUGUAAUAUUAAUAGCUGUUGUAAAAUAUGUAGAUAAUUGCUCAACUGCCAUUAAAUGGGUUGUAAAAGAAGAAGAAAAAAUAAUUUUUUUAUAUAGCUCAUGUACCAUCAUAUUUUUCAGUUAUGAAAAGAAAUACCAAAAACAACAAUCUUCUUAAGAUCUUCAAAUCAGUUUAAUCAUUUGACCCAAAGCUUUGCAUACAUAAAACAUUGUGCUUCCUGUAAAUUUGCAAUAAUAUGGUGCAGAAACACGGGUAUUAUUCAUCUAUUAUUCAUUAUUUUUUGUACAAAAACAUUCUAAAGAAAAGUUCUAAAACUGUUUACUAUUGCAGAUGAAACAUCACUAAAUAUUAUAAAUAUACACGUUAUUUGUGUAUUAUAGUAAUUAUUGGAUGUUUACUUUCCAUCAGAUUACAAAUUCCAGAAGAAACAGUCACUUUCACUCAUCAGAACGGAAAACUUACAGUUAAAGCAAAAAAAACGUAAAACGACCUUUGAAAUUUUGUAUUUUGUGUAUCACACACUAUUUUAGACAUAAGAAAUGUCAUGUAAGUAAUAAAUAUAUCGCUUCUGUUACAGUUCAAGUCACUUUUUUUUUUAAAUUAGUAUUUGCAACCUUUCAAAAUAUUUGGCAAGUCUGUAUAAUGCAGUAACACUUAACAUCAAACAAUAUAAUUUAUAAAUUAAUAAAUAUCAAAUUAAUUAGAACCUACUGUAAAUACUACUGUAGUACCCAAUCAUCUGGCAUGUUUUUGAAAUAAACAAUCUAUAAUUUAUCGUUGACAGCAAAAACUACAUGUGAAGAAAUUUUUUUUUUUGUUUUUAAAGCUUUUUUGGUUCUUUUGUUUUUACAUUUGUAUAAUGAAAAGAGCAUUUAUGAAAUUGUACUUGUUAACAUUGCUUAUAUAAACUCUUACAAAAACCCUUUUGUUAAAAUGUUUUGAAACAGUUAAAUGCAAGCAGCCAUACCUUUUCAUACAAAAUAAAAAAAUUAAUUGUUCAUAA